GAGAAAGGCGUCGGGUUUGAAGGAGAGAGUCCCUGCACAUGCGCGAGUGGCUCGGCACCUGAUUGGCUCGGCGCGACUUUCCCUCCGGCUGCGACGGUCGGCGUUCUAAUUCCCGGGGCGCGGCGCACGCGAAGUUUCUCCCCAGCGGGAACGCGCGCGUGCUCGCGCCCGUGCUCGCGCGCUCGUGUGUGAGGGGAGGGGAGGGGAGGGGAGGGGAGGGGCGAGGGGAGGAAAGGAAAGGAAAGAGGAAGUGAGGGCGACGCUGUGCGAAAGGUGAAGUGCUGACGGGAACCUGUCUGAUAUGGUCCAUGUCGUGAGCGGCUGACGGAGACCAAUUAACCAGAAAAGAUAUAUAAAAGUUCGUGCAACAUGGGUGACCAAAGGCAGCGUUCACUAUCCACCUCGGGAGAAUCACUCUAUGUUGUUCUGGGACUUGACAAAAAUGCUUCACCAGAGGAUAUUAAGAAGUCCUAUAGAAAACUUGCUUUAAAGUACCACCCUGACAAGAAUCCAGAUAAUCCUGAAGCUUCAGAGAAAUUUAAGGAGAUAAACAAUGCUCAUGCAAUUCUGACUGAUGCCACAAAGCGGAAUAUUUACGAUAAGUAUGGAUCAUUGGGUCUCUACGUGGCAGAGCAGUUUGGUGAGGAGAAUGUAAAUACAUACUUCGUCUUGUCCAGCUGGUGGGCAAAGGCAUUGUUUGUCUUCUGUGGAGUGAUUACUGGUUGUUACUUCUGUUGCUGCCUCUGCUGCUGCUGUAAUUGCUGCUGUGGGAAGUGUAAACCAAAGCCUCCUGAAGGAGAAGAACAAGAAUAUUAUGUCUCACCAGAGGAUCUGGAGGCACAGCUACAGUCUGACAUGGAAAAAGAGGGAGACGGAGCAAUUGUGGUGCAGCCAACAUCAGCCACAGAAACAACCCAGCUGACCAGUGACAGUCACCCCAGCUAUCACACUGAAUGAUUUAAUUUUAACCAAGUUUGCUCUUGUAAUUAAAAAAUAUAUUUACAAUUCAUUUCAACACUGGGAUAGUUAAAGCUAUAGAUAGAACUUUCACAAGAUUUUCUGCCAAGGUGAGAGCAGCCACCAACAUUGAGAAGACCACCUUCCCUUAUCUUGCCUUUUGCCACUGUAAAUUAACUUCAUUACAAAGUACUGUAGUGAACAGUAUUUAAAGCCAUUUGACACUUUUAUUUUAUUUGCAUAUUGUGAUGUGUGAAUGGAAUGAUGUCAUGUAAUUGUUGAUUGACAAUAGAAUCAGUGCACAUAAACUACCACAUAAAUAUGGCUAGAAAUCCAGUGAUUGUCAUGCUGACCUGUAGUUUUAUUGGCUUUUGUAGAAUGUUGCCAAUCAUGAGUUUGUUUAUAGUGCUUUUUUUUGAUGGGGAGCAGGUAAAUAUGGUCAACUUUAUCUUUGUCAUUUAUGACAUGUUUUGUGGUUGAGAUUAAAGGAAUUUUGUUGUGCAAUCACAAGAUGUACAUAACUGGAAUCAGUGCAUUAUCUAUCCAAAUGAAAGGAGUUUUCGGUUAUUGUGAAAUAUCAGAUGCAGCUCAAAAUUACUGUCCAUUGUUGGUAUAAUUCAAUGUGGUAUUUUGAGAUGGUGUCCAACUGCCAGUUUCUGACAUCCAUCUAAUGUUCAAUUGAAUAGCUCCUCAAGUGUGGAUUUGUUCAAAAGCUGUGCUGCAGCAAUCUUGUAGAAAAAUCAGAACUUUGGACAAAAAAAUUUAAAUAUUACAGUAAAAUGUUUAACAAUGAUAGUUCAAGUGAUUAGUGAGCCAGUACAACCAUUGUAAGAGGAACCGAUACAGGACAGGUUGCUUAAAAAUUGUUUACACUUCAGCAAUUACCAUUUUUAGAAAAUAUGUACUCCUCUAAAUGUGCAUUUUCAGAUCAAUUGUUUUCAUGGCAAAUAUAAAUUCAAAGAGAUGGCUCUUAGUGCAGUAUAAAUCACUUCUGUAACCAAUUAUAAAAUUUUGUGUUAAAUUUUAUUUGCUAUGGCACACUCAAGUAUUUGUGAACCUUAAGAUGCAAGAACUAUAAAGAAGAAGCAAUUGACCAAAGGCAGAAAAUUGCUAGACAGAAUCCAGAACUGGCUUACAUCAUUUUGAGUUAACAGUCUUCUGUCAACAAAUGAGAUAUUUUGCAAAAUCUUUUAAACUACUUCCGUAACCUGGGUUUGAAUCCUGCCCAGUGUGAAGAUAGCAUAGCCAUUUUCUGCCUUUUGCAAAAGUCCUGUGGCUCUUUUUUAAAAUGUAACUAAAUGAAUUAUAGUGGCAUGGUCCUAGAAAACUGCCCAGAAUGCAGGAAAGAAGAAACUGAAUUGAUAAUCUGACUUGACUACAGAAAGUACAUAAUUUUAAUUCCUGCCGAAAAUUGUCUUAAGGGGCUGUGGCUGAUUGUCAUGGCAGUCUUGAGAGAACUGGGAAUACUAGUUAGCUGAAAUGCAAAAUUACAUCGUGAUUGAGUGGCCAUCAAGUUUUGAUAAUUGAAAGGUUCUAAUUAUAUAAUCUGGCAGUUUCAUAAAUGGACCAAGCUUUUUUUCAAGAGAAGAAAUUAAUUUAGAGUUCCUUCUCCUUUGUGCUACAUUUGAAAUUCAUUUUCAUGUUUGUUUCUGUGUAAAAUGUUCAGUUGUUCGAAUUGAAACACAAGCCUUGUCAAAAUUAUAAUGAAUAGUUGUAUUUGAGCAUCUUGUAUUGAAAGAGAAGGUAAUGGAGAACUGCUUAAACGCUUUUUUGUAAAGUCAUGAAGUUGCAUUAUGUUAAUCUGGUCAAUUUUAGUUUACUCUUGUUAGACUGCAUGGUUCCUUUUGUUACAUUCACUCAUGUUUCCCUUCAAAUCUUCUGCUAACAUGCAUGUUGUGAUCAUAGGCUUUAAUGUCCUUCAGACUGUUCAGUGUGUAAACUAUAUUUUUUAUUUAUUAAAAGAGACUCAUUAUAAUUGAAAAUUGCUCCUUAAACAUUGUUAAAUCAUAUGUACUUUUUAAAGAGGUUUUCCCAGGGUGACCAAAUCCCAUUCUAUCCACAACCAGUGCUCCAACAUUCCCUGAUUGUUGGAUUUGUGGCAAACAAGGUAGGAAAGCCUGAGGUCACAAACAAGUUUUCAGUCAGUAUAAAGUGAUCUGAACAGAAGGAUAGCAAUUAUUUGACAGCAAGAGGACAAAUGCAGCUCAAACACCUAAGGUGAUGUGAAUUUAAUUUUAAUUUAUGAAGAACUUGCAUGCUUUGAGUAACAACUUGGAUAAUUCAUUGUUAUCACACUGGAUAGUUGCUUAAUUUAUGUAGAAUACUAAAUAGACAAUCAUAAUUUGUGCUACAAUGAGCACUUUAGAUGGUAUGCUGGAUAAAUGUGAGAUUGGUUUACUAAAGUUCAUUUGUUACAAACCCAAGUUUUAUAUUUUUGAAGGAUCCAUUAUUUGUAUAUCAGUACUUAAAUCAUAAGAACUCUAUUUUACAGUAAGGAAGUAGCAAUGAUUAAUUAUUUUUCCUUUAACAUAUCCCGAAAUGUAAUAUUGUUCCUAUGGUUGGAAAAAGUACAAUGAAUGACUGAAUUCUAAUCCUAACCUCCAUUUAUUUACUUGAAUUGAGCCUGAUUUAAUAUCCAGUUUAUUUAACUGUUUGUAGUGAUACCAUAAAGUUUUUCAGAAGUAGUUUUGGUAUUUAGGCCUUUCUUCAACAUUAAUGCAAACCUCAUGAGCUGAUACUCAGAUUACUGAAACAGUUCUGCAUGAGUGUGCAGAUUUAAAAUUUCUGGAUUUCUUAUGACUGACAUCUGGAUGAAUACCAUAUUGAAUUUUAAUGAAGGAAAUCAAAAGCAGUUUGGAGAAAUUACAUGAAUUUGUAAUAAUGUUGAUCGACCUAGCCAAAUUGCUUGAUUCUUUGCUGAAGAGAUUCUCGGUAAAAUAGCAUUUGUGAGCAUCACACCAUUGGAAUUUAAAAAUGGAUAUUACCUGAUCCAAGGAAAACUUAAAUGGAAUUAAUGCUCAAGGCCAGUAGAGGAUAUACUUAACCUAGCUCACCCUUGCUGGUGAAUAAGAAUCUAAAGCUUUCCUUAUUUGAUUAUUCUACUGAAAAAUUACUUCCUUCUCUUCCCCCUAUCCCUUCAUUGGUUCUUGCUUCAAUCUUAUCUGCCAUAAAUUGAUUGCUGCAAACUCCAAAUAUCUUUGGCACUGCUGGCUCCAAGAUAAAACAUUGUUUCCUUUUUCUAUGCUUCAGAAUUGUUGAAAUAGUUGGGGCAUGACAGUUGACUAAAGGUAUUUCACGUCCCACUUUCAGUUUCAAAUAUCAACAAUGAACCUUCAAAGCUAUGAAUGCAGAAUUGUGAAUGCAUUGUCUCCAAAAUGCCCUGUCUCAACUUUUACAUACAUUCCUCUAUGUUCUGAUAUUUAUCAUAUUAAAACUGGUAUGGAAAUGUGGAAUUCAUUUUUUGGUACUGUGUUAACUGUAAUAGAGGUUUUUAUCCAUAGAAUUUGCAUUACUAGCAUAGCUUAGGUUAACAAGUAAUUUAAGUCUGGUAAGUAAGUUUGUCUGGUCAGCCAUCACAGUAAUACCUGUUCCAAUAAUGUGCAAAUGUAAUGCUAAUGUAAAAAUUAAUUUUGUUCUCUAAUGAAUUGGGAUAACUUGCACACAAUAUAGGAGUAAUUUGAUUUUUUAAUAGUACCUCUUGUAAAUUAUGUUCCACUUAGUUUCAUGAAAGUUUAUUUAGUAUUAUAGUUUGAAUUGAAGUAUAGGUUUUGAAUAAUUAUAGAUACACUGAAGGAGUAUAAGUACUUAAGUUCAUUAGUCUAUCAACUGAAAUGAUCUGCAAAAUCUUGCAAUACAUUUAAUGCAUUCCCAGUCAGAACUAAAUUAUAUAUGGUGAUGAGUGUCUGAAUAAAGACGCUGCCUGUAGUUUUAGAUUUUCUGGCAGUUCUGUUUCUGGUAAUAGUAAAACAGUGGCUCAAGGUAUUCAAAUCCACAGGAUGUAGAAAACCACCUGAUUUCUCCAAAGGUCAAGCAUUCAGAUGGUGUGCAUGCUAUUAAAAUAGUCUUCAGUUUGGUAUAUGUAUGUAUAGUUAACCAUUAUUAAAAAAUUGCCAUAUUUAAUUUAAUAUUGUUUCAAUGUAAUGACCUCUGCUGUUUCUGCAGUGCUAUAAAGCUGAAGUUAGAAUUCAGACUUCCCAUUUGCAAACAGAAUUAUUUUACAAACAGUAACAGUGCAAGAUAAAUGCCCUAUUUUGUUAUGCAUUUGCAUUACAGUGACUAAUUGAGGAAAAGCCAAACUGGAUAGUGAAACUAUUGUUUCUAUUAUAUUGAACUAUAAUACUUGAUUUGUUACCCCACUGCACCAAUGAAUUCAGUGAAGCCUUUCAAGCUCCAAGUCAGAUUGUAAAAUGUGUUGUCUAAAAGUAUGUUUAACAUACCAGGGUUUAAUUUUGUCUGUCUAAAUGCAUAGUUUUCAAUUGUAAUGCAGUGCCGAAUUUGCAACUACAGAAAUGCUUUUCAUCAGUCAGUAAAUUUUUGUUGUGCCAGUCAUCAAAUGAGCUUGUAUUAUUAUUUAGAAACUACUAAAAUGGAAUAAUAUUGCAAUUUAUUUAACACACACUGCUCUCGCAUGUUACAGGAAUAACACUAAACAGACUGAAUAACAAAUUAUUUGAGAUAUUGUUGGAUUCGGCUGCAGAUAAAAUAUUGUAAAGCCAGAAUGCAUUAUGUGAACUGUCUUCAAAAUUUGAUAGAUCCUUUAAAAUUCAGAGUAUUGGUGUAAAAAUAGAAUCAAACAUUGUUAUGCAACCUUUUUGGUAUUCUUAAAAGGACCAUAGUUGAAAUUAUAUGUAAGUAGAUGUGGUUAUGUUAACUACAGGACUUGAAGCCCAUGGACUCCUGUACAUACAAUAAACUGUAAUGUUUUUAGCAUGGUUAUUUAUGUACUGUAUUGCUGAAAAUCAUUGGUAAUUUAUUUGAUUUGCAGUUGUAAAAUAAAUGUUUCCAAUGCUUAAA